AUGCCAAAACCACCAAACGAUCAUGAAACGACUUAUAAAUUAGUUGUGGUUGGAGACGGAGGUGUUGGAAAGUCAGCACUAACGAUUCAAUUCUUUCAACAAUUAUUUGUCCAAGAUUAUGAUCCAACAAUUGAAGAUUCUUACACCCAACAUACUCAGAUUGAUGGGCAAAACUGUUUAUUGGAUGUGUUGGAUACUGCUGGUCAAGAAGAGUUCAGUGCUAUGAGAGAACAGUAUAUGAGAAAGGGAGAUGGAUUUUUAUUAGUUUAUUCUGUAACAGACAGACAAAGUUUUGAAAAUAUUCCAAAUUUUCAUACACAAAUUCUACGGGUUAAAGAUAGGGAUACCUAUCCUAUGUUAUUAGUAGCUAAUAAAGUUGAUUUAGUACAUCAGAGAAAAGUUAGUGAAGAAUCAGGUCGUGAAUUAGCAGCUAAUCUUCGGAUCCAAUAUAUUGAAACAAGUGCCAAAGACCCUCCAUUAAAUGUUGAUAAAGCGUUUCAUGAUGUUGUCCGAAUUAUUAGGUAUUGUAUGAUCUUUUUUUGA